AUGCAAUUGGUCACGAAUACCUAUUACUUAAGAAACAGUGGUGAAUUCCUGCAUCGGGAAUCUGAAGAUUUACAAAUGACAACCAUGAGUGGAAGGCUUCGCUGGGACAAUUGCCUCUCUGAAGCAUUUGGGAGCGAUUUCCUGAGACUUAUGAAAAAUCCCAAAAUCGUCGGCACUGCUAUAGGUUGUGCAGCACGUAUCUUCAAAGCGAUCACAUGUGGCGAUCCGAGCUUUGACCGAGAGAUUCUAGGCGAAUGGCGGUCCCAUUUCGACUCCGCAAGUGGUUUGGGAUUCGUCGGGAAUACCCUUGCAUGGUUCCCAGAGUUGGAAGUUACGAAAGAGAACAUGGAAUCUGGUGUACGGUUAAGUCUUAUCGAUGCGCAGACACGCUAUGAGCAGCAAAUCGCCAUCAUAGAGGAGAUAUGCAAAUGUGCCGAAUGCUUCGAUGGAGGCCCCACAGAAGAUGAGGCAUUCUGUCUUUCAGCAAUUUUUGAAUCCAUUGUGGUCAUGUCUACGGCGAUGGCUGGUAUAUUGAUUGUGAAUGGGAUUCUGCCUUCACGAGCCGGUUUCGAACUAUUUUACGUCAGGCAACGACGAAUGAGGACGGACACAGACGAGGACUUUCUAGAAAAGGUGAAAUGCAUCGGUUACAUACAUCGAGUUUUAGAAACAACAACCCGCAAUAUUGAUUCGGAUAUUUCAAUUGUAGAAACUAGGCUUUUAGAUGCGACGAAACUCUUCACAGGUUAA